UUUACCGGUGAUUGGAAGUCAUGUUGAAUCGAGUUUGAGCGGAGAAAUAGAGAGGGUGGCACUAGUAGGGUUACACUGCUUUUAUUGUCAUGGCGGAGGGAACUACGCCACUGAGGUGCUUCUGUGAGGAUCACUUCAAAGAAAAAUUUAACGACGAAAAUGUGGUAACAGUAACUUCAGUCGAGCAGAUAGCAGUAGAAUUGAAUGUCGAAGAGGCCUACAAUGCCUUCAGAAAUAAUUGGCCUAUGCUGCAGCCUUUUCUGCAAAGGGAGAAACAUUUCCAGUACUUGAAGAAAGGUUUGAGGCACCUCUCUGAGUCCUAUACGUGUUUGGAUGCCAGUCGACCUUGGCUCUGUUACUGGAUCUUACACAGCUUGGAGCUUCUCAACGAGCCACUCGAUGAAAGCACAGCUUCCCAUAUUUGUCAAUUCUUGGCAAGAUGUCAAAGUCCAAAUGGUGGAUUUGGUGGCGGACCAGGCCAAGAACCACAUCUUGCUCCAACAUAUGCUGCUGUGAAUGCACUCUGUAUAAUAGGCACUGAAGAGGCGUAUGGCGUUAUUAACAGGGAAAAGUUACUAGAAUUUCUAUACUCUGUGAAACAACCAAAUGGAUCCUUUACUAUGCACGUCAGUGGAGAAGUUGAUGUCAGGAGUGCCUACUGUGCGGCAUCUGUUGCAUCCUUAACAAACAUAAUCACACCUACAUUGUUUGAGGGAACACCUGAGUGGGUGAUAAGGUGUCAGAACUGGGAAGGUGGGAUAGGCGGUGUCCCUGGAAUGGAAGCCCAUGGUGGGUACACAUUCUGUGGUAUGGCUGCCAUGGUUAUCCUUAAAAAGGAGUGGAUGUUGGAUCUCAGAGCACUGUUGCGCUGGGUGACAAGUCGGCAAAUGCGGUUUGAAGGUGGAUUUCAAGGUCGAUGCAACAAGUUGGUGGAUGGUUGUUACUCAUUCUGGCAGGCUGGACUCUUGCCACUUCUACACCGUGCACUACAUGCGGAGGGGAAAGAUGCUCUCAGUAUGACACACUGGAUGUUUCAUCAGGAAGCGCUUCAAGAGUACAUCUUACUCUGUUGUCAGAAUUCCACUGGAGGAUUGUUGGAUAAACCUGGCAAAUCAAGAGAUUUUUACCAUACCUGCUAUUGUUUAAGUGGUCUUUCAGUGGCACAGCAUUUUGCUGGUGGAGAACUUCUGCAUGAAACCAUUGUGGGUGACAAAAAAAACAGGCUGGAACCAACCCAUCCUGUAUACAACAUCGGUCCUGAAAAAGUAGCACAAGCUAUAAUGCACUUUCUCAAGCUACCAGUUCCACAGAUGAAGAAUAAUUCUUAAUAAAUUCACUAUGCAUUCGAUAUAAAUAAAUUUCCAAAUACUAAUUGUGUAUCCCAAGUCCAAAGAAUUAUGUUUUUCAAAGUAAAAUGUUCAACGUGGAGCACAUUCUAAUAUGAAGCAUUUUGCUUCUUGCAACAAGGAUAAAAGCCAUUGGAACUGCAUAUAGUAUGGCUACCUAGUCCAGUUUACAUUCAGGCAACUUGCUCCUGAGAACUGAAAUAUCAGAGACUAUUAUCUGUAAAUGUUCCUGUUCUCACAACAUCAUCUCUCAGAAAAGUGAAUAGUUUUAGUGUGACUAGAGCACGGUGCUCUUCACUGUUUUCAGAAAUAAUUUAUCAAUGUCACAAUAAAGUUUUUUUUUUCUUUGAGCUUUCCAUUUUGCCUGAAUUUUCACUAUUUUGGAAGCAGUUCUUUUUGCUUGCCAUUUAAAAAAAAGGCCAGUGUUACAAAAAAAGAUAAUGUUACGUUGAGUAGUAUGUGAUAUGUUUUGCUUUUAGUAACAUAAUUUUUGGAUGGGUUUAAAUGAAAGAAUAAACAGUUACAAAGUGAUUGUCACAUGCAGAAACCAUGCCAGAGAAGGCAAAGCAAUUUAUUGUUUUCAAAACCUUUAGGAGUGGCCCAGCAUUGUUUAGUAAUUGAAGCAUGCAAAGCUAUUUGUCAGACAAAGAUAAGAUAGAAGCUUAGUGACUGCUUGAUUGUAUUGUUUGGUAUGGUUCAUAUAAUAUUUCACAUAAUCAGAACUGUACAACAAAGGGCAAAAGCAUCAGAGAAGCGCUAUCAACAGUUCUCGUUUCAAAGCAGCCGCGUUCAUGAUUAGUAAAGGUGUCAAAGAUUACAGGGAGAAGGCAAAAGAAUGGGUUUGAGAGGGAUAGUAAAUCAACCAUGAUGGAAUGGUAGAGAAGAUACAAUGGGCUGAAUGGCCUAAUUGUGCUCCUAUGCCUUCAGGUCUUAUGGUCUUAACUCAGUCAGCGGGAUAGACAGAACAUUCCAAUUAUGGCUGAAAUAAUAUCGAUGCAGGUAACCCAUGGAAAGGAAAUUCACUGUGAUGGCUAUGUUUUUACAACAAUAAUAUUUCCCCCUCUCCAUAACUAAUUGGGAAAUUGCAUUAACCACUGCAUUUUCUGCAUUGGCAGAUGUAGUAAUUACAGUGCUCAGGUCUUCCUGCUUUUAAAUUUAUUUUGAACUGUUUGGUUGCAGAUAUAAAUAUUAAAAUAAAUAUUAAACUCACAUUAUCUCUGUGUGGGCAUAUGAUGUUGUUGGCUGGGUAACCUUAGUUGAUCUUAAAAAUGAGGAACUGUUCUCUGAAAUCUCUCCAAAUAUCAAGAAAAUUUUGGUUUAUAUGCCAUCAAAAUUAAAGUUCCUACAAGCAGUAAAUCAUCUAUGUAUUUUUAAAGGGAUUAGAACUGAGAUAGAAAGUGAAUUUUUAAAUGGAUUUUUUUGAACAUUUAUCUGUAAACACCAUGCUUUACUUUCAAUUUUGUAAAGUUUUGUAAACUUGUUCAUUAGAGCAACUAAUGGAAGGUGCAUUAAAGUAAAAUGUAACUUUUUGGUUUUUGAAUUCCAAUUAUGUUUGCAAAGGGCUUACAUCUUAAUUUUAAAUAUCAAGGAUGAACUUGCAAUGAUAAAAUAACAUCAAUCACAAUUUGAUAGUUGUAUGCAAUCACCAACAUUUUGUGUAGCGUAAAAAAAAGUAGGAAAUGGAAGCAGGAGUAGAUUACUCCACCCUUCAUACCAAUCCCAUUAUCUAUGAAGAUCAGACAAUAUCCUCCUUCAGCAUGACUUCCCAGUAUUAUCCCUACCUGUGUUUAUUCCCUUACUAACCAAAAGAACUAUAGAUAUGUGAAUAUUCUAAGUGACUGAGCUUCAAGUCCUAUUAGCUAGAGAAUUCUAAAUGCUCUUUCAUCUGGUUUCUUCAAUGGUUUGGAGAUUUCUUCACAAUCAUCCACCCUCCUAAUAGCAGGAUGUGCCCUUGUUAUACUCACAUACUAUUUUUGCAGCCCCCCCCCUCCCCCCCGCAAAGUUCCAUUGCAUCCUCCUCUACCACCCAGGUUUCAGUUAUCAACAACACCUGAUCCCUUCAUCCAUAUCGUUAACAUAGAUUGCUAGGAGCUGGAAAUGAUUUCUGUAACACCCUGCUUAUUACAGUUGUUUUAUGUCUAUCAGAUAAUCUUCAGUCCUUGCUAAAAUGUUACUGGCAAUCCUCUUCAUUCUAGUUUGGUUUCAUAACCUUUUGUAUGACACUUUACUGAGGUGCAGAAUGUUUAAAUACAUCAUAUUCAUUGGCCUCUGCAGUUAUUCUGCAAGUUAGAAAAUUGAACUGUAAUAGUUGUCAAACAUAAUUUCUCUUGCAUAAAAACCAUGUUGACCCUGCCCAACGUUUUUAUUAGGGUUCUGUUACCACUUUGUUAAUAAUAGAUCUUUUGUUUUUAUUGAUGCUGGACUAGCUGAUUUGUGUUCUCGCUCUCUUAAAUAAUGGGAUUACAUUUGCUGCAUUCCCUUCUGUGAGAACCUCUGUAUAACCUGUAAAAUUAAGAAGAUGACAGUCUUUAUUUCCUUCACAUUUCUUUCAGACCUUGGGAUAUGGUUUAUUGGGUCCUGGGGAUUCAUCACCUCUUAUUUGUUGUUAACUUAUCAGGUUUUGGGCAUCACUGGUUAUCAUUUAUGCCCAUCCCUGAUUGCCCUUGUAGAUGGAGGUGAGCUAGCAUCUUGAAUUGCUCUAUUCCUUCUAGUAUAGGGAUUCCUAUAAUGCACAAUAAUUUGCCAUCAUACCUUUGGCUCGUGCUGUGUAGAUGGUGGGAAGGCUUUGGGGUUGUCAGGAGAUGAGUAAUUUACUACUAGUCCCUGACCUGCACUAAGGAACAUGGUAUUUAUUUGGAUGAUCCAGCUGAGGUCUAUGGUCAACAGCAACACCAUCGUUAAUGGGGUAUCUGCAGAGGUCAUGUCAUUGAAUGUCAGGUACGGUUGGAUGGACCAUAAGACAUAGGAGCAGAAUUAGACCUGGCCUAUCGAGUCUGCUCUGCCAUUCAAUACUGGCUGAUCCUUUUUUCCCCUCCUCAGACCCACACUCUGGGCUUCUCCCAGUAACCUUUGAUGCCAUGGUGAAUCAAGAACCUAUCAAUCUGGCCUCCACAGCCUACCCAUAGUAACAAAUUUCACAAAUUCACCACUCUCUGGCUUAAGAAAUUUCUCACAUCUGCUUUAAACCGACACCCUUCUAUCCUGAGUCUGUGCUCUCUAGUCCUAGACUCCUCCACCAUGCGAAACAUCCCUUCCACAUCUACUCUGCCUAGGCCUUUCAAUAUUCGAAAGGUUUCAAAGAGAUUCCCCCCCCAUCCUUCUAAAUUCCAGCGACUACAGACCCAGAGCCAUCAAAUAUUCCUCAUAUGAUAACCCUUUCAUUCCCAGAAUCACCCUUGUGAACCUUCUCUGAAUGCUCUCCAAUGCCAGCACAUCUUUUCUUAAAGAGCCCAAAGUUGUUCACAAUAUUCAAGGUGAGGCUUCACCAGUGCCUUUAAAGCCUCAGCAUCACAUCUCUGCUCUUAUAUUCUAGAGCUCUAGAAUAUGAAAUGAAUGCUAACAUAUGCAUUUAAUUUCCUCACUACUGACUCAACCUGUAAGUUAACCUUUAGGGUGUUCUUCACAGGGACUCUUAAAUCCCUUUGCAUUUUUGGAUUUUCUCUCCUCUUUUGUUGGACAUAAUCAUUGUCUGACGCUUCUGUGGCAUGAAUACUUUGUCUGACAUCAGCCUGUGCCUGAGGGUUGUCUAAUUCUUCAUGCAUGUAGGCAUGUGAUGUCUCAUUGCUGAAGAAUUGUCAAUGGAAUGAAACCUACCCCACUUUUUCACCUUGUGAUGGGAGUUAGCUACUGAAGAUGAUUGGGUCUAUAAUAUUCUACACUGAGAUCAUGAUCUGUGAAGCCUGAGGUGUUUAAAAAUCGUGACUGGCUUGUUUUGUGCAAUGGAUCACCUCAACUCUUUGGUAUCAUCCACUGAUCAAUAUUUCUAAUGCCACCUUCAAUUAACUGCUGUUCUGGUGUCAUGGGUCAAAAUCCCCAUCUCACCUUAGGAGUUUGAAGCAAAGUUGGGUCUGAAGUUGAGUAUGCCUUGCAAAAUCUAUUCUGGGCCUGAGUAAGUACAGCUUCAUAAUACAACACAGCAUCCAGUGCUUGAUGUUGAUGUCUGUCACUUUGAUAUUUGAGAGUAGACUGAUUGGGUAGUUAUCAGCCAGAUUGUAUUUUUCCAGCUUACUGUGACUGGACAUGUGAAUAAUUUUCCACACAGUCAGAUGGAUGCUAGUGUAUCAAUUGUAAUAGAACACUUUAGCAUAUUAAUUUCUCAUAUGUUUUACAAAUAGAUUUUAGUUAAUCUUGAGAAAAUCGACGCAAUGUGUACAUUUAAAUACAUCAUUUGACCCGCUGCUAACCCUGGAUUAUUUUGGUAAAGCCUUACUAGAUAGUUACAUACUUUAUUGAUCCCAAAGGAAAUUAGUGUUCCAGUAGCAUUACGUAUGCACAGAUAUAUGAAUUUACAAAUAAUAGAAGAGAAGUAAGAAAUAAUUAAUUUUAAAAAAGUUGCCUCUAACAGUCCUACUGGAGGGGGUCAUCUCUUCCCUGGCUAUAGGUUGACUCAUUAUAGAGCCUAAUGGUUGAGGGUAAGAAUGACCUCGUAUAGCACUCUUGGGAGCAGUACAGUUGUCUUAGUGUAUUACUGAAAGUACUCUGUUCAGCUAAGGUGGCAUGCGGAGAGUGAGAAACAUUGUCCAGAAUCGUCUGGAUUUUCUGGAGAGUCCUUUGUUCUACCACAGUCUCCAAUGUGUCUAUUUUGACACCUAUAACAGAGCCAGCCUUUCUAAUUAGUUUAUUGAGCCUGUUGGCAUCACCCAUGUUGAUACCAUUGCCCUAGCACACCACCGCUUAGAAGAUUGUACUGGCGUGACAAUAGACUGGUAGAACAUGUGAAGGAGUCGCCUGCGGUCUCAGUCUCUCAGUCUGCAACAUUGCACUUAGUAUCCUUGGGAAGUAGAAGCGACUCUGGCCCUUCUUGUACACAGCCUCUGUUGGUGCUCCAUUCCAAUCUGCCGUCCAGAUGCACCCCCAGGUAUUUAUAGGUCCUAACCACAUCCACGUCCUCACCAUCAAUAGCAACAGGGAGUAAUGCAGUCCUAGUCUUCCUAAAGUCCAUCACCAUCUCUUUUGUCUUGCUAAUGUUGAGCUGCAGAUGAUUCAGCUUGCAUCAUUUGACACUAUUUCCCAUCCUCCCUUUAUACACCCAACUAUUGCUGAGUCAUCAGAGAAUUUCUGCAGAUGGCAUAACUGAGUGUUGCAUCAGUGUCCAAGGUAUACAGGGUAAACAGGAAGGGAGCCACGACUGUCCCCUGUGGGGCCCCAGUGCUGGUUGCUAUGUUGUCUUCUGCUAGUUAAGAUGAUAUUCAUUUUCCCAGAUUGGAAAUGUAACAUAGGAUUUUUGAACUCAAAACACAAAAUGCUAGAAUCUGUCCAUUAAGUCAGGGCAUAUUUGUGGAAUAAGCAGAGAAGUUUUUCAGGUCAAUCUACUUUUUCCAUUCUGAAUAGUUCUCAUUGGCUUGAAAAAUUGACAGUUUAUCUCAAUGGAUACUACCUGACCAACUGUAUAUGUGUGGAAUUUUUCAUCUUGGAUUACCAACAUCUGCAGCAUUGCACUUUUUUUUAAGAUUCAUACUUUGUGCAGUUCGAUAAUAUAGAAUUAAAUUAUUUCAUUUUUCAGCAAAA